AUGGGUGAGCUUCUAGCGAUCAAGAGCACCAUAACUGACCGUCUUCCUGGGGCACCUCGAGUUAUCUUGAGAGUCUGUGUGAGUAUGUUUGAUUCAUUGGCUGAGAAAUUUCAUGACAAGUUUGAUGGCUACAGGAAAGAGCCUAAGAUUGUCCUGGUAACAAGCAUCAAUCCAAAGAUAGCUUCUGGAAAAAGCUGGUUAUAUCUGAUUGGAACUUCUGCUACACGUGUUUUCUUUGAUUGUGAGACUACUGUUGGGCAAGAGGCUUACAACCGGUUUUCUUCUGCUACACGUGGAAUUGGUGUGAAUGCUGAGGUGGACACUGAUCUCCCUCGAUCGCUUGCUGCUGUCGUCGAUAACACGUACACUUUCCAGCUGAAGUUAACAGACUUCAAUUUCACUCCAAAUCACCAAACCUUUACCAUUUCUCGCAUCUUCCCAGCAAACGAGCUCGCACCCCUCCCCACCUUUGAGGAAGGAGCAGUGCAUGCUGAACCACCAGUCCAUCUAUCUGUUGCACCAGGUUUUGGCUCUAAAGGUAUCAGCCCAUGUAAUGUCGCAGGGCAAUCCAUGACGUCUGAUAAUCCUCAUGAAGUGCUGCAGACUGCUGUGAAGGAAGUCGAUGAUCCAGAAGGAAAUGCAGCUAAGAAAGCAGAGUGGAAUGAGUGUUCUUUAUAUCACCGACCAACCACGUUAUCUCUACGAGUUCAUGUUUCAUUUUGUUGA